AUGGAAAUGAAUGUAGCAAUGGUUGAUCUCCAGCAUAAUUUACUUCAUAGACGUCCAGAUCGAUUUAAUGUAACUGAUAAUGUUAAGGCUGAAAUCCAACAAAAUAUUCAUCGUACACCUGCAGAUAUUUUUAGACAACUAGAACAACAAAAUCCAAACCUAACACAAAAACAGGUUCAUGCAUGGUGGACUUAUUUUCUAAAAAAGGAAUAUGAGCAUGAUUAUAAUGAUCAAUUAAAUUCAACAAAAAUUCUUGUAGAAGAAAAUGAACUUAAGAUGAUUUUAAUCAAUAAUCAAGGAAUCAAAUACUUGGGCUUUAUAACACCAUUCUUUGAAUUAUUAAAAAAUAAUAAUGAAAUUGUUAUGGACGCUACGUAUAAAACAAAUAUUUUAGGAUAUGAGUUGUAUGCGAUUAUUGUUGAUACCCUCAAUGAUAUUACAAAUUUAAUUUCUAUUGAUGAUAAAAAUAACAAAUCACUUCAACUAUUCAAACAAUAUAAAUCAAUACUUUAUGACGCACUUGAAAUCGUGCAAAAACAGGAAAAUGCCAAUAAUAUUCAAUGGGCGCAAGCUGUUCAAAAAAGUUUUAAGG